GGGAGGAGAGAUAGGCGCUCGCGUGCGCGCGUGUCCUCGUGCGCUCGUCAAACGCUGCCCAGCCUCAUUCCUCAUCACAGCUCUCUCAAGGCUGCACCAUCCUGCCCUGGCUAUCGCUAUUGAAGAGUUAACCAGUCGCAGUCGGUCUCCUGCUCUCAUCCCUCUCCCGCUCGCGUAGAUUCCAUUCAUUUUGUACAUUCGUAAAGACUGGCUGGCCACACACCACGCACGCGCGCUUGCCUGUGCGUGUGUGUGUGUCUCGUGGUGUGUCAGUUUGAUUAACAGUAAUAAUCCUGUAAUGUGCACCGAACAAAUGGACGGGUAAAUAGAGCGAGUGAGACCCAUUUGUACUAAUAACAGCCUGAGGAGGGGAGAGAGGGGGGGGCGAUUGAGGGGAGAGGAGAAAAAUUAGCCGCUUAAAGCAAAGAAAUGCACUUAGUUCAAGCGAAACAGACUUCUUGCUGUUCCGUAUGAAUAUUGAAGUAGUUACGAUUACGUGCAACGUACGUGGUGGUUGGACCAAGACGCAUCACGGCUGUUCCAUUGGCCCGGUUUGAUGCCCUCUCGAGCAGUCGAACUGAACAGAGUUUAACCGCAGUCCAAAAUAGGUCAAUCAUAAACUCGAAGUCUUUUUAAGUAAGAGGAAUACGAGAGAAGCUGCGCCCACUCGAGAUUCCGUCUGCAUCUUUUGCUCGGCAUUAGUCCAUUUUGGAUUUGUCCCGAUAGUUGGAAGACUUGGCUUGGAAGAAUUACGAUUAAAAUAGCAAGCGAAAAAGUGCAUUUAGUUCCGAAGUUAAAGAGACGGCAAGCGCGACUAAGAUUCCACAACUUAAACACGCCGGCUGAUUCGGAGUGCCGUUGAUCACCGGAGGUCAUUUCUGCGCCGAGCAAGAAGGAGGAGGUCGCACUGAUCUCGAAGAAAGGAUACGAGGCGAACACCUCCAUCAAGUCAACAAAGCAGAGUGUUAGAAAGAGAGAGAGAGUCCCAACUACCGUAAAACAUGUCCACCCCUCUACUGCCGCUCUUCAACGUGGGUCAGAUCUCAGCCUCGGGAGGCAGGAGGGGAGCAUCCUCGUCUUCCUCGUCCGCCGCUUCGGGAUCGCCGUCCCACCACCACCACCAGCAGCAGCAACAGCAGCAGCUCCACCACCUCAAGCUGUCGGAGAAGUUCGCGCUGUUGCUCGUACUCAGCGCCUUUGUGACUCUCUGCUUCGGGGCAAUUUUCUUCUUGCCCGACUCGGGCCGGGCUCUGCGGAGGCUGCAGGCGCAGGGUUUGCAGGACGCGCUGGUGCCACGUGCAGCAGGAGGAGGAGGAGGACACCGGCAGCAGCAGAAGCGUGAGGACUCGUCGCUGCAUAAGUCUGAGCGCGACCAUGAGUAUGCUCUGCAGGAGGCGCGCUCUGCCCUAACGCCGCACGCAGGUGAUGGUGGUGCAAGUGGUGGUGGUGUAGGUGGUGGCGGCGGUAUAGAUGGUGUAAGUGGUGGUGGUGGUGUCGGCGAUGUAGCUGUAAGUGGUGGUGGUGGUACUUUAGAUGGUGAUGGUGGAGGUUUGGUUCGCCGUGAUGACGCAGUUGGAGGCGCUGAGCGAGUAGUCGUCGUCGGUGGAGGUGGUGGUGUUGGAGCUCUCGAUGGAGAAGGUAGAGAUGACCUGCCCGCGCACGAUAGAGAUACGGUUGUCGAGAGAGGCGUAGACGAUGGAGGGACAGAUGAAAGUGGUGGAGCUGCAGACGGAAAUGUUGUUGGAGGGGUUCGUCCACCGCUUGGAGGAGGUGUAGCCUCGGUUGGAGAUGGAGGAGUUCUUGCUACACAGAGUGGAAUUGCAGGUGAAAGUGCUCCAGAUCCGACAAAUGGAGGAGGUGGCGAUGUUGGGGUUAACAGCGGUGGUGCAGGUGAUGGAGAUGGUAUAGGUGAUGUAGCCGUUCGAGAUGGUAUGCGCGGUGGGGGUGGUAUAGGCGGUGGAGGUGGUAUAGGUGCUGUAGCUGUUCGAGAUGGUAUAGGUGGUAGAGGUGGUACAGGUGGUACAGGUGGUGUAGCUGUUGGUGACCACCUUAACGGGGCUCCGUCCGACAACACAGAACUGCGCGCCCUCAUACGGACGGAGAAGGCCAAGAUCGUGGCCGAACUUGAGAAGGAGCAGAGAGAGAAACGCGAGCGCCUGCCCAGCUUCCCCUGGGCCGAGCCGGUGGGAGCCACGGGUGGAGAACCGUCGGGAGAAGAUGUGCGGGAGAAGAGGGACAAGAUACGGGAGAUGAUGAAGUUUGCGUGGGACAACUACAAGACCUACGCCUGGGGCGCGAACGAGCUGCAGCCUUUGUCCAAGAUUCCGCACGCCACCAGCAUCUUUGGGAGCGCGCGGAUGGGAGCCACGAUCGUGGACGCGCUGGACACCCUCUACAUCAUGGGGCUGCACGAGGAGUUCAUGGACGGCGCCCGCUGGGUCAGCAAGCACCUGGACUUCAACGUGAACACGGAGGUGUCGGUCUUCGAGGUGAACAUCCGCUUUGUCGGGGGACUCAUCUCCGCCUACUACCUGUCCGGCCUGGAGUUUUUCCGAACCAAGGCGGUGGAGCUGGGGGAGAGACUGCUGCCCGCCUUCAACACCCCCACAGGCAUCCCCUGGGCCAUGGUCAACCUGAAGACCGGUGUGGGAAGAAACUGGGGCUGGGCAUCGGGAGGCUGCAGCAUCCUGUCGGAGUUUGGAACGUUACACCUCGAGUUUGAGCACCUGAGCCAGCUGAGUGGGAAUCCCAUCUUCCGCGAGAAGGUGGUGAAAAUCAGGAACGUCCUGGAUAAGAUGACCAAACCCAAUGGACUCUACCCCAACUACCUACAUCCAAACUCGGGCAACUGGGGCCAGCACCACGUGUCGGUGGGCGGGCUCGGAGACAGCUUUUACGAGUACCUCAUCAAGGCGUGGCUCAUGUCGGACCGCACGGAUACGCAGGCGCGGCGCCUCUACGACGACGCCAUGCAGGCGAUCGAGGCUCACCUUCUGCGGAGGUCAGAGGGUGGCCUCACCUUCUUCGGCGAGUGGCGCAGCGGCUACCUGGAGAGGAAGAUGGGCCACCUGGCGUGCUUCACGGGCGGCAUGUUCGCCCUCGGCGCCGACGGCGCGUCGUCCCCCCAGGCCGGCGCCCAGGGGGCGGAGGCCACGGGCGGCCACCUGGCGCUCGCCGCCGAGAUCGCGCACACCUGCCACGAGUCGUACAACCGCGCCGCGCUGAAGCUGGGCCCGGAGACGUUCCGCUUCGAGGGCGGCGCCGACGCCGUGGCCACGCGGCAGAGUGAGAAGUACUACAUCCUGCGGCCCGAGGUGGUGGAGACGUACUUCUACCUCUGGCGGUUCACCCGGGACCCCAAGUAUCGCGCGUGGGGCUGGGAGGCCGUGCAGGCGCUGGAAAAGUACUGCCGCGUGGAGGGCGGCUUCUCGGGCAUCCGAGACGUCUACUCUUCAUCGCCAGCUCACGACGACGUGCAGCAGAGCUUCUUCCUUGCCGAGACGCUCAAGUACCUCUACCUGCUGUUCUCGGACGACUCGCUGCUGCCGCUCGAGCGCUGGGUGUUCAACACCGAGGCGCACCCCCUGCCCAUCCUGCGCGCCAACGGCACCGGCUCGCAGUAGCGCCCGUCGCCGCCCACGCACGCGCCGGCCCGGUGGGCGGGUGGGGAGACGUCUCCCUCCCCCCCCGUGGGUUUGCCUCGUCGACCCAAACCUCGAGGCCUCUUGAUUGGUUCUGCACAGGGAGCACACCCCCCCCCCUCCUCCCCAAACCUCCCCCCCCAAACUCUCAACCUUUUCACCUAGUAAUUAGAUGAUCCUUUGUUUUAUUGUUUUGUGUUUUCGGUACCGGUUGUGUCCCAGUUGUGAUCGUGGCGUCUUGACAAGGGAGGGAAGCAUUUAAUAUCGACCGAUUGCCCUUCACUUCUAGAGACCUCAGCAGCGGCAGCUGCAGCCAGCGCUUCGCGUUAAGCGACGGCUCAGCUCGCCGUGGUUACGCCCCCCGGGGGGGGGAUGAGAGCGAUUCGUACCAAUGGACAAAAUGAUUGAGAUUUUGCACAGGGAGUUUCUUGAUUUUUGUGAAAAUCCAUGUUUUUCUCAAAGCACUCUUGACAGUACAAGCUGUAAAUCCCUCUUGCUAACCGGCCGAGCAAACAAGCCAUUGUGGCAGCCACCAUUCAGUUCUUCCCUAAGAAGGAAAGAAAAAAACACAUUUGUAUCCAACGUAUAAUUUCCCAAAAGUUAAGUCGUAUCUUUUCCUGAAUUCUAUCAAACGCCCUGUGUCAAUCCAACCUCUGUCGUGGGUAGUCACACCCAAUGGCCUCACCGCGGUCAUUAAUGGCCGGACACAAACGCCGUUGAACAAAUUCGGUUUCGAACUCGUUGGUGUCCAUCUCUUCCGAGGUUCUUAUCUGGCAGACGGGCACGGAGAGAGAGAAAGAGGCUGCUCCUUUGUCCACUGCUUGCAGGGCUUGAGAAAGAGAGAGGGGAGAGACCCUUGGUGGUGGUGGUGGCGGGGGGAUAUCAGGCGAAGGGUGGUGACGUUUAGCCGCUCCGGUUCUGAGAUCCACGGCCCACUCGGCCCCCUGCUGCCCCCACUCCCCACCCCUCCAUGAAUGACCCCCGCACAACGAUUGGAAUGCAGACGGUGAAGGAGUCAAACGGCAAAAGAGUAACAAAAUGCACCCCCCCCCUCCCCCAGAUCAUCAUCAUUAUUACGACUACUACUACACGCAAUAAAAACGCUACCGCACGGCUGAUGUCCAGGAAUGUUUACGAUUUUUGGGCACCGUUGCGAUUAGUUUAAAACAAAAAUUUAUUUUCUUUUUCUCCGUGGGCUGUCACGCCGGGAGUGGGGGGGGGGGGUGGAGGAGGCCCCGUAGCCACGGCGGGAAUCUCAAAGCGUCGUCGCAGCGUAUUUGGAGGGGGUGGUGGGGUCAGGUGGCGCGCGUGCGUUGUAGCGCGCGGCGACCACGCUAGCGGGGACGCUGCUGCCCCCCCCCUCCCGACCC